AUGCUAACAGUGCGUCUCGGCGAGACGUCAAUGUUUCACGGUGACGGCGCCACCUGUGGAGGCCGCAGUGCUCCCAACAAAGGACAGCUGUAUCGCUCUACUUGGAGCUCGUCAGCCUCGCGCAGGGAAGUGACACGACCUCAGGUCGAUGCUAACAGUGCGACUCGGCGAGAUGUCAAUGUUCCACGGCGACGGUGCCACCUGUGGAGGCCGCAGUGCUCCCAACCAAGGACAGCUGUAUCGCUCUACUUGGAGCUCGUCGGCCUGGCGCAGGAACAUUAUAGGCGCGUGUGCUACUACGGCCCAGUACAUCAUGUUAAACCUAACUUUAACGACCUGGACCUCAAGCUGUGCACACACAUCAUAUACGGGUUCUCCAAGGUUGGCGACGAUAAUACACUGGUUGCUGCGAAGCCGGAAGACGAGGACCGUUACAAAGCUUUCAACGAGCACGUGCAGCGCUAUAAUAAAGAAACAGAAGCUUCUUUGCAAGUAAAGACGCUCUUGUGUGUCAGCAAAGGUGCUUUCCCCACCAUGGUCGCAACUUUUGAAAACAGAACAACUUUCAUCCAGUCAGCUUUAAAGAAACUGAACGAGUGGGGUGGUUUCGGAGGCUUGGACGUUGACUGGGAGUUUCCAAACAUGAGGAACGAUCACCCCGACGACAAAGACAAUUUUAAAGAUUUCCUGCAGGAAGCAAGGCGGGAAUUCAACAAGGAAAACAAGAUGUUGACGGUCGCUCUGCCCACACGGGUGAAAUACAUAGAACAUGGCUUCCAGGGACCAACAGCCAAGAACGAAGUUGUGCAAAGUCUAUCAGAGUCCGUUGACUUCGCAAGCAUAAUGACGUACGACUAUAACGUCUACAAUGAGAUAUAUCGUCGUUACGUGGGACCAAACGCGCCUCUUUACAACUGGAGCUCAAAUACGAACAAGUAUGCAAUGGAUGAGACUCGCUAUAUUGAGUACACGGCACACUACUGGGAAAACCUCGGGCUGCCUAAAUCUAAGACGAAUAUCGGCAUCCCUUUAUUCGGGAGACAAUUUGAGCUUGUGGAUGAGAAGAAACAUUCUUUCCUCGACAACGCUACGAGGGACAAGUCGGUUCGUUACAACUGGACGUGCAAUUUUAUAAGGGGUGGUGCAACAGAGGAAUACGAAGCAAAGAGUCGUACCCCGUAUGCAUACAGAAACAAAGUGUGGGUGUCUUUCGACAACGAAAAGAGCAUAGGAGAAAAGGUUAAGUGGAUCAAAGACAACGGAUACAUAGGUGCAAUGUCGUAUGGCCUCACAUACGAUGACAUGUAUGGAAACUGUUCAACAGGAAAGAAGUUUCCUUUGCAGUCUGUAAUUUACGAACACAUGAAGAACUGA